GGGGUCUCUCAGAUCGAUCAGCUGUUUCACUUUCGCAGGCAACGUGUUUUAAGAUGGAUGGUGUGUUAUACGAAGUUACGCAGGAUUUCUUAGAGAAAGAUAUGGAAGUAAUAUUUGAUGUUAACCGUUAUGAAGAAUACAAGCAAGCAGCUCAUUGUGCCAUUUAUUCUUUUUCCGAUAAAAAAGUCUUAUCCAAAUAUUCAGUGAAAGCAAAUGUUCUAAUGGUAAUGAGAUUUGAUGGAACAUUAGGAUUUCCGGGAGGAGAAAUUCCCGAGGGAGAGAAUAUUGUCGAUGGCUUAAUUCGAGAAUUGAAAGAAGAGAUUAAUUUUGACACGGAUAAAUAUCAGUUUUGCAAAGAAAAUUAUAUAUUCACUAUUGUAAAUCAUCAAGAAAAAUACUGUUUUCAUUUCUUUCGGUUGCGCAUGCUGCCUGAUGAAUAUUAUGAAAUGGAGAAGCGAGCUUUGUUAGCGGAGGACUAUGGAGAUGAAACUUACGGAAUAUUAAGGGUACCACUUUAUACAUUUAAUUCAAGCCGAGGAUUUCCAUCAUUUCUUCAAAAUAAUUUUAUUGAAAAUGCCAAAUUUCAAUUGCUUUACUUCUUAGGAAAAGAAAAGAUAUUACCUAUUGAUGAAUUAACUGAAGCUAUAAGAAAUGUUUAAUUUUAUAAAAAUAUU